AUGGAAAUUAUGAUGGAUGAAAUGCCCGCAACCAUUACAGAGACCAGUACAAGUGAUGAUAAGUCUCUUUAUGAGGCUUGGCAUAGGUCUGACAGGUUGUCACUAAACUUGAUGCGCAUGUUUAUGGAAGAAAAUGUAAAGCCUUCUAUGCCUAAAACGGAAAACACGAAGGAAUUCAUGAAAAUGAUCAAGGAGUACUCACAAUCAGACAUAACUGACAAGUCUAUUAUAGGAAAUCUUAUGAGUGAGCUGACUACCAAAAAGUUUGACUGGUCGCAGCCCAUACAUGACCAUGUAACUGGAAUGACUAAUAUAGCAGCAAGAUUGAAGUCAAUGCGAAUGGAGGUGAAGGAGUCUUUUCUAGUACAAGUCAUCAUGAACUCUCUUCCUUCUGAAUUUGGCCAGUUCCAAGUGAACUAUAACACUCUUAAAGAUAAAUGGAACUUUCAAGAAAUCAAAGCCAUGUUGGUACAAGAGGAAGGGAGAUUGAAGAAAAUGAAAGAUCAUUCUAUCCAUCUCACAACUAUGAAGGUGCUAGCUUCAGUAAAGGCAAAUCAGGAAAUAAGAACAAGAAUGACAAAGCCCCUAUGA